AUUUUGUCUACCUCAGAAAUAACAUGGUUUUUCAUUCUCAUUUAAAAAGUCAGUUUGCCCCCCUCCCUCCCCACCGCCCCAAAACCAAACAGUUCUUAAAAUAUAACUUACAUUGGCCGGAUGUCCACAGAUGUCAUAAAUUAUUUUAACAAAAAUUAGGUGUUUCCUGUGAUGGAAAACCAUUGUGUAAACAUCUGGGCUUUGCAGCAGAAAGUUCAAAUGGCAAGAAACACAUUGUCGGUGUGAGAAGCUUUAAGUCCUGGAGAGAUGGCGCUUGAAUGUUGGAAUAUGUUAUUGAUACUUUUAAUACUGGGUUUUGUAAGGCACACAGCUAUGCUUACUUUCCGUCAAAAGGCUGAGUUGUUAAUGAAAAAGACUUCACUGAUUGAUGGGCACAAUGACCUUCCGUGGCAGCUGAUGAAGAGGGUGCGUAACGAUCUUUCUGCUGUGGACCUCAACACGUGGAAUGUUACUCAGACCAACCUGAAGAAGCUCCGGGCCGGUUUGGUUGGUGCUCAGUUCUGGGUUGCCUAUGUGCCGUGUGCUGCACAGAACAAAGAUGCAGUCCGCCGCACCUUGGAACAAAUAGACGUGAUAAAGAGAAUGAUAGAGAUGUUCCCGGACGAUUUUCAACCUGCAACAACAGCGGAUGGAAUCGUGCAAAUAUUCCGUAGUGGUAAAAUAGCCAGCCUUAUCGGUGUGGAAGGUGGCCAUGGAAUCGACAGCAGCCUAGCAACUUUGAGAAUGUUCUAUGAUCUUGGAGUCCGUUACCUGACAUUAACGCAUGUCUGCAACACACCAUGGGCAGACACCAGUAGAGUGGACAGUGGCCUUGUGAAGUCUGGCGUCCAAGGAUUGUCCCAUUUUGGAAAAGAAGUUGUGAAAGAAAUGAAUCGUCUGGGAAUGUUAGUUGACCUGUCCCACGUCUCCAAGGAAACAGCUCUGGCUGCGCUGGAAGUAUCAGCCGCUCCCGUCAUUUUCAGCCAUUCCUCCGCAUUUGCUCUGUGCCAAAACUACAGGAACGUCCAGGAUGAUGUUCUACGUAAACUGGCAAACAAUUCGGGGAUUGUGAUGGUAAAUUUUUAUCCCAACUUUAUUUCUUGUGAAGAAACAGCUACCUUGUCCCAAGUGGCAGAUCAUCUUGAUUACAUUAGACAUGUUGCUGGUGCAGAUUACGUGGGCAUUGGGAGUGACUUUGACGGCAUUGAAAGGGGACCUGUUGGUCUGGAAGAUGUUUCAAAAUAUCCUGAUUUGAUUGCCGAGCUUCUUUUGCGUAACUGGACGGAAAUUGACAUUAAAAAGCUGCUUGGUUUAAACAUCUUACGAGUCUUUAAGAAAGCUGAAGAAGUAAGCAAGCAGCUUCAGGAAACCAACCAGCCAUCAAACGCCGUCAUUUCUCAGGAUAAGGUGCAGAGUACGUGCAGAACAAUUCUCAGGUCUCCUGCAGCCCCUCCCUGCACCAGUCACAUUACCAACACAGUCAUGCUCGUUGUUUCAUUACUAAUCAUAACACUGUACUAAAUACAAUAUUAUAAAUGGAUUAACAUACAGAGGGACUCGUAUAAUCACCAUUAUAAGAAAUGAAUUAGGAAAAAAGCAUCUACUCUUAACACGUUCCCUGAAUUACUGUAUAUAUCUCCAAGCACCUGAACAUAAACUUCCCAAUCCUCACUUAGAUGAAAAACAGGUUUAUUUUCAUGGCCAUUUAAGACUGCUAUAAUGUACCUCUUGAUUGAGCUUACAUUUUAUAAUAUGCUAGGGUCUUGUGGACAGUGAUUCAGCCAGGAGAAUUUCUGUACACACACACACUUUGCAAUGUUCUGUGAAAUGUUGACAACGGAUGAUGCAACAUAUUAAUGUACAAAUAUAUGUAAUCAUUCAUUCAAAUUUAUAUAACACUACCAAAGAAGACAAAUGUUUCUCAGGAUGAAUGAAGCAGCACUUUAAUGACAGUAGUGAUCAGUCAGCUCUUUGAUUGCUGCAAGAGACCCUUUUGACUGCCCCAUAUAAUGGAUCAGCACACUUUCCAUUGCAGAUUGUUGAAAUGGGUUUUCAUAUUUUAGUAAAUCCAGUCGCAGUUCGUAGAAUGCGCUUCGGGUUGCUAAAUAGUCAUUAUUAUUCUCUUCGUCAAAAUUAUGGGGUUUUUUCUUCAGUCUCACAAGCCUAAGUUGAAAGAUUUAGAACUAGUUUUAAACCCUAAUGGACUGUUCCACAGGAGUGUACCAAUGCUCUCACUCACACUGGUCGACAAAAGUGCUGGAGAAUCUCAGCGGGUGCAGCAGCAUCUAUGGAGCGAAGGAAAUAGGCAACGUUUCGGGAGGAAUCCCUUGGGAAAUAGGCAACGUUUCGGGCUGAAACCGGUAGGAAAUAGGCAACGUUUCGGGAGGAAUCCCUUGGGAAAUAGGCAACGUU